AAAUCUAUUCAGUCAGUGUACACUCUCACUGAAUCACCAACUUGACAUUUUGGGCAAAAGGCUGGACUGGACAAAAAGGUAUCUGUGGGCAGCAGCCUAACCAGGGAAGUCCAGCGCUUCCAUGGGGAUCCAGAGACAUUCCCAGGCCAGCUGUCUCUCCAAUGUAUCCUGGGUCGUUCUGGGGGCCUCCUACCAGUGGGACGUGCCCGGAACAUCUCAUCAAGGAGGUGUACAGGAGGCAUCCUAACAAGGUGCCCGACCCACCUCAUCUCGCUCCUCUCGAUGUGGAGGAGCAGCGGCUCUACUCUGAGCCCCUCCCAGAUGACGAGCUUCUCACCCAGGAACACCUCAACAGGGAGGCAUCCUAACAGGAUGGCCAAGCGACCUUAUCUGGCUUCUCUUGAUGCAGAGGAGCAGCAGCUCUACUCUAAACCUCUGCCGGAUGACUGAGUGUCAACUCCACCACUUGGGGCAGGAUCUCAUUCUUGACUAUGAGAGGGCACGCCACCCUUUUCCGACUGAAGACCAUGGCCUCAGAUUUGGAGGAGCUGAUUCUCAUCCCAACCGCUUCACACUCGGCUGCGAGCCGCUCUAGCGAGAGUUGAAGGUUACGGUUUCAUGAAGCUGACAGUACCACAUCAUCUGCGAAAAGCAGAGACGUAAUUCUGAAGCCACCAAACCGAACCCCCUCAACACCUUUACUGCGCCUGGAAAUUCUGUCUGUAAAGGUUAUGAACAGAAUCGGUGAUGAUCUUGUACUCAACAAAUGCACUGUACUUGAUUUUAAAACAAGUUAAAUCCACUGUAACAUUAUGCACAGAUUGAACGUGAAUAUUCAAGUCGUAACUAAAGGUAUUGUGGGGAUUUUGAUUAGGGUUGGGGGAGGGGCAGAGUCAUUUGUGGGGAGCUGAGUUGAGAAGAGCUGCAGUUUGGGAGAGAUGAUCAACCUGGAGAGGUGGGGUCAUAUUGAUUGGAAGUUGGCAGGGGAGCAGAGUCAAAUCCAUUGAAAAACAGGUUUAACUCGUUUGCCCAGUCCUGGUAUCCAAUUGUGGCUUGUCCACCCCUCUUCAGUUAUUUGUCCACACCUCUCUGGCAUUGUUCUGCUGAAGGCAUUUUUACUGUUCUACUCUUUAAAGUUCCUCUUUAUCUCUUGAGAAUAAAGCUCUCUUCACAUUCAGGAGAGUCUUCAUUUCAGGGCUGAGUCAAAAUUUAUUGUUGAAAAAAACCCACUUUACUUCCCUGUGCUUUCCACACGGAAAUGUAUGUGAUGCAGUUCAUCAGACCAUCAAUGUCCCUUUACACUUGGUCACGGUCUUUCAGUUUUCAUUGUUGGCUGGCUCCACCCUCAGAGUGACCAGGUUAAGGGUUGACCCGUUUGUUUCUAACACACUCCAGUCUUGUCUCGCUGCAACUGACAACACACAAGCAGCUAAGCUGAUCAACUCAACACUUACCAUACAUAUUUACUUUUUGCAAGUCAACCUCGACUCUAAUAGCGGUCUUUAUCAGCUGUCACAAUGGUGCACCUGAUGGAAGAUGAGGUGUUCAUGGCUUUCAGCACAUACUCACUUAUUGUUAUCCUGAAGUUGAUGAUCAUGGCGCCGAUUACUGCUCAUUACCGCUUCAGCAGAGGGGCCUUUGCCAAUGAGGAAGAUGUGGGCCAUCGACGUACGGAGGAGAAAAAGAAGAUGCUGAGAACACAUCCAGAUGUUGAGCGAGUUCGUAGAUGUCAUCUAAAUGACUUGGAGAACGUCAUUCCCUUUGUGCUGGUGGGCUUUUUCUACGCUCUGAGCGGACCGGAACUGUCAGUCGCCCUGCUUCACUUCCGCCUCUUUGCCGGUUCUCGGAUCUGCCACACCAUCGUCUACCUAGCCGCUGUGCGUCAGCCCUGCAGGUUUCUGGCCUUUGUCGUGGGUGUGGCGGUCACCCUAUCGAUGACCUACAAUGUCCUCAGUAAAGUUCUCGUUCUCUGAAGAUGACAGCCACUGCCCCUUAACCAUUUGUUUACUUCAGUUUGCUAAAUCUCAAAAUUCUGUAUUGUAAAAGGUUUUGGGUGGUGAUUGUUUGUAUUGAAUGUUGAGAAUUCAAAUAAAAGAUUUAAAAAAAUCCA